CUGACAUUGGAACAUUGUCUGCAGCCACCUGCAUCUCAGUCCAAGUUGGAAGCCAUUUUGCAGAAAAGUUACUCAAGGAUGCUCACACAUUUAGUAUGAGGCUCGUGCAGCAUGUCCCAAUGCCAGACUGACUAGGGAAAUAGAGCCUUAAUCCUGUUACGUCUAUGAAGAAACCUUCGUCCGAUGCUUUUUGUUUGUGUUCUCUAUGUGUGAGCAGCCAGAGGCUCAGGUGUAACUCAUGCGAUUCCCAACUCAAAGGGUAUUGGGUUUCUACCUGGUAGGGUCUGGCUGGCCUUCCUCAGCUACAAUUACCAGGCUGCUCUCAUCACUAAUUCAUGCGUGCUCUUCACCUCAUACCUCUGGGUGGUUUGGUGGUUGCUUGGUUUAACCUGGGGAAAGACAGUGUUUGUCUGUCGUGCCAGCAUAGAGGAGCUCCAGAGGAGCUGCACACCCGAGCUGGGCCCAAUGCACAACGGCGAGGCUAUGAGCCCGCAGGACCCCAAGGCCACGGGGGCCGAGGAAAUGGAGCCGAAGAAGGAUCAGACUCAACAGCAGACUCAUGCAUGUGCAGAGCCCACAGCGCCUCCACUUCCUCCUCCUUCUCCGCCGCCUCCAGGGCCGCCAGAGUACCCGCGACCCAAGCUCAUCUUCCACACCCAGCUGGCUCACGGCAGUCCGACAGGCCGCAUCCACGGAUUCACCAAUGUCAAGGAGCUGUACGCCAAGAUCGCAGAGGUGUUCAACAUAUCUCCAUCAGAGAUCUUGUUUUGCACACUCAACUCUCAUAAAGUGGACAUGCAGAAGCUACUGGGGGGGCAGAUCGGACUGGAGGACUUCAUCUUCGCUCAUGUUAGAGGAGAGACCAAAGAGGUGGAGGUAACAAAGACGGAAGACGCACUAGGCCUCACCAUCACAGACAAUGGCGCAGGAUACGCUUUCAUCAAGAGGAUAAAGGAAGCCAGCACCAUCGACCGUCUGAAGACUGUAUGCAUUGGUGAUCACAUCGAGGCCAUCAACGACCAGAGUAUUGUUGGGUGUAGACACUAUGAGGUGGCCAAGAUGCUGAAGGAGCAACCCAGAGGCAUUCCCUUCACUCUGCGCCUGGUCGAGCCCAAGAAAGCCUUUGACAUGAUUGGAAUGAGGACCAGAGCGCCAAAAUCCAAUGAGGGCAAGAUGGUGAAUGGGAGGGAAACGCUGCGUCUUCGCUCCAAAGGCGCUGCUACAGUUCAGGAAGUGAACGAGUUUGAAGAACGCGCCACUAAGAAGGUGGAUGAUCUGCUGGAGAGCUACAUGGGAAUCAGAGACCUGGACCUGGCAUCCACCAUUGUCGAAGCGGGCAAAGACAAGAAGAGCCCUGACGACUUUGCAGAGGCCUUGGACACAGUUCUGGGAGACUUCGCAUUCCCUGACGUCUUUUUGUUUGAUGUAUGGGGAGCUAUUGUAGAUGUAAAAAAUGGGCGAAUGUAGACAUUUUCUGUGGGGACAAAUUAGGAGUAGAGAGCUCUGUGCAUCCAACUAAAACAGAAGUGUGCAGUUGCUUUUAAAGUUGCCUUCCCACCAUUAAUUUAUGCACCGAAUUAGAAAGCAGGUAAUGGACGUGAAGUCCCAUUGUUCGAUAAGGAGGUGGAAACAGAUCAUCACACAAUAUUUUCCAUUCUGACAAGUUUUUAUAAUAAGCUGUAUAACUUUCAAUUUUAUUUCAUCCAUACUGAAAUCACAGAUGUCUUUCAUAGUUCCACCCAAGACAUUUAGAUCAUUGUCUGAAGGAAAUUCACAGCGUUUGUUCUGAAGCUUGCACGCAAAGCAACAAUGAAUCAGUCGUUCAUCUUAAGAAUCCAGGAAGGAAGAUAAGCAACAGUAAACAGCUUUUCCUCUUUUCCUCUGAUGAAACCGCAGAGUGAAAAACAAAGGAUGCUGCUAAUAGUGAGAGAACAAUCGAUUGUAAGUAAACACAACCUCGCUGGUGGUUAAUCUUAACUCUUAAAUAUUCAAACCAUACCUCCCACAAUGAAAAACACUGAAAUAAACCAUAUUGCUGGAGUUCCUUGGAUUGAUAUUGCCUGAAAAAUGAAGGUCUUCACAAUAACUUAUAGCAAAAUAUCACAAGAGAACAUGUAAAUGUACUAGCGCAGUUCUUCAUUUAUAGUUGUACAGUGUGUCUGUGUCUCUGCAUUAUUUUGCAGAGGAAAGAAGGAAACGGAAACAACUGCAUGUGUUUCAAAAGUAAUAAAUUGCCUACUUUCCAUACUUUCAAUGAAGUAACUAGCUAACUUACAAGAAUUUGUUCUGAACUGUAUGUGCAUGAAGACCUGAAAAUUGUAUGGCGCAUUUGCUGUUUAUUGAAUAUUUUGAUCUUGUAAGUAAAGCGGUUGAAAUCAUA